GAGAAGCUCCCAGCGGUCGGUCGCGCGGCUGCCAUGGCACCUCCCCACGUCGGGAUGACGCUGCACGAUGCCGACCAGAAAUACGACAUCGCCCGCACGCACCUCACGUUCCGGCAAGGAACGGUAGCUUUCAAGUUCGGCCCAAUGUACCUCACCAUCCCGACCGUCAGAGUGAUGUUCGUGUUCGAGAGAGAAGACGACUCGCAGUACCAGACGCUCAAGGCGGCCGCCGAGAAGAUGCACUACGAGUGCACGCUGGCACCGAACACUGAGGAGGCGCUCAGCUACUACCUCAUGGCCCACCCGCACUUAGUGUUCGUCGACGCGCGAGACGGAAACUCCACCGAACCGGCGACCUUGUGCAGAAUGCUGCGAAGUUUCAAGGGUUGUGAAUUCUCUUGCCUCGUCGCUGUCGUAAAGAAAGGGCUGGCCGAACAAGAAGACGCUGCCAUAAUUCCGCUGCUCAGGUCUGGCUACAACAGGUGGUUCUCGGAAUCGUGCUCCUUGGGCGUGUGCCUGAACGAGAUGAUCCAGAUCGAGCACAACGACCUGAUUAACCUGUGGAAGCUCAUGGCUUCCGAGACAUUUUUCUCCGCGCUGAACUUUACGCGGGACAGUGUCAUCGUUACUGGGCCAAAGCACGAGAUUCAGUAUAUGAACAGCGCCGCCGAAAAGCUAGUCGGCUUCUCGGUCGAGGAGAUGCUGGGAACAGACGCCCGAGAUCUGCACCAAAUAGCGUUGCUCAGGCCGGACGUCGCUGGAGACAUCGGCACGCAGCUGAGCAAGGGCAAGGAGUGGCAGGGCACUCUGUUACAGAAGCGAAAGGGCGGAGAGUGCGUACCCGUGCUCAGCAAGAUCACUCCCAUUGACAUAAACAUCGUCGGGAAAUCGGACUACAUCGUGUACACGAAGGAGAACCCAUUCUUCAUGGACAAACCGUUCUCGGCUGACAUGGUUGGAAUCAGCAGACGGCAGUCAUUCGCAAAGUUAAACGCCAUGGUGAUUGAAGCACCUGUCACAAAGGUCCUGAACGUGCUGGUGAAGGCCAAAGAGAGUACCACAGCACCAGCCGUGGUGCAGCAACUGGACCGCGUCAUCGACAUCCUCUGCUCCAGCGGGCUCUACAACCCACAACUUGGCGCCAUCCAGACUAAGACCGAGGAACAAGCAGCACCCGACCUGGCGACAGCUGUAACGAAUGUCGGAUCGCCACAGAGACCGAUGGGCGUCCGCCGGUUCUCCUACGAGGUGACGCAGAGGAGAGUGAGCUCCGCCAGCACGACUUCCAGUAGCACGGUUCCGUGCCUGUCUUCGGCGCCGCCUAAGAUCGCCGAGUUGUUGGAGAACGACGUCAAGUGGGAGUUUGAUAUUAUCGAACUGGAAACUCUCACUGCACGGCGGCCGCUCAUCUGGCUGGGCAUGUCAGUGUUCUCAAAGAUGAACGUGCACACGAGUUUGGAGACGGACGACGCCACCAUACGCAACUGGCUACAACUGGUGGAGAGUCACUACCUGGACAACCCGUACCACAACUCGACGCACGCCGGCGACGUGAUGCAGGCCACCGCCUACUUUCUGCUUAAGCUGAGGAAAAAGGCGAGUCAUCUGGCAGACAUCUUCGACCCGCUGGACGAGGCUAUCUGCCUCAUAUCAGCAGUGGUUCACGACAUUGACCACCCCGGAAGGUCGAGCCAGUUCCUCAUCAACUCUGACAACGAACUGGCAAUCCUCUACAAUGACCGCUCUGUGCUCGAGAGCCACCAUGCAGCGAUCGCAUUCAAGCUGACGCUGUCGGACGAGAAGGUGAACAUAUUCCUGAAGCUGGACCGAGACACAUACCGCACAGUGCGAGCGUCCGUCAUCGACAUGGUAUUGGCUACUGAGAUGACCAAGCACUUCGAGCACCUUUCUAAGUUCAUCAACGUCUUCCAGAAGCCACUGCAAGGAGAAAGCGCACUCGAUGUGCAGGAGGAAGAAGAAGAUAACACGCUGCGAUCUUCCGAAAACAUCAUCCUCAUAAAACGAAUGCUCAUCAAAUGUUCGGACGUGUCCAACCCGGCUCGACCCAUUCACCUAUGCAUCCAGUGGGCACAACGAAUCGCCGAAGAGUACUGUGCCCAGACGGACGAGGAGAAGCGGCGAGGCUUGCCCGUUGUGAUGCCCGCCUUCGACCGCCUCACCUGCAAGAUCGCCAGUUCGCAGGUUGGCUUUGUAAACUACUUCGUGCGUGAGAUGUUCCGGGCCUGGUCAGACUUCGGCGAGAUCCCCGAACUGAUGGAUUAUAUUGAGAAGAACUAUGUCUACUGGAGCGAGAAGGACAAGUGACCCGUUCAGCGAACUAAACACUGUGGCACAUUGCG